GCAUACACUCCAUCUUCGAGAUUCCUUCCAAAUCAAAAUUGGAAGGAGGUAAGGAGGUAUUUUACAUUGAAAUCAGUUUCUCUCUCUCAAUCCCGUCUUCAUCUUCCCGAGAUCAUUGCAUACACUCCAUCUUCGAGAUUCCUUCCAAAUCUUGCGUCAUAAUCUGUUAUUACAUGAUGGGUCCAUAAAGACGAGGCCAUGGAUCUGUAUGAAGUUCGACAGUCAAGAUGUAAAAAGCAUAGAUGAUGUUUGAUGAAUUGGCCGACUGAUUCUCUUGCUAAUUUAGUGUGCAAAAACUCCAUUUAGUUGGUGCAGGGAGCAAAAUGGGACAUAGAUGCAGUAUUAUUAUCCUUGGUUGCACAUUGAGUAAUAGAUUUGUUAGAGCACAGAGUGAGCAGAUGCAGCGACAGAGCAGGAAUUGAAAGAGUGAUAGUUUUUAAAAGCUACCACGAGCUAUGACCAGCGAGAGAAACAAAGCCAAAUAGAGAAUAGUCUUACAUCCGAUGGUGUUUUCAAGAUUCAAGGUUGAUAAGGAAGAAGUAUGCUUCAGAAGAACAAUUGGAGUACAAAAGAUGAGUAUUUCUUUGAUGGAAAACUUAUCACCUGGGUAUUUAAUAUUCCAUCUAGUUAAGUUUUUUUACUCUCUUCUAUUUGGAGCUAUUUGAUGAAUGUUAUUGGAAAACCUUUUAAGUGUUGUUUUAUCAGGACUGGACUAAUGACUUUACUACUGUGCUAGAAUCUUUUGUUCUAAUCCAUACUAUAUAUGGUGUACCAUAGGGAAAGGUUAGGUUGAUAAACUUUCACUUUGAUCUCUGUCUUUGGUUAUCUUUUUCCAUGUGACAAGUAAAUUCUUUUGUUGUUUUGCAGAUAGUAUCUCUAAGAAGUCAGAAAAGAUUCCAGACACUUGAUCUUUUGAUAAAAGAACUGAAGAUGCAUUGCAGAAAUAGGCAGAAAUCAUUUUCCCUGUGAUAGGGUUUUAGUGGAGAUCAUGUGCUAAUCAUCCUCACUUAGGAAUACCAUGGCGUUAGGGAUGCUGGUUGCAAUUUAGGUUAAUCUAAAAUGUGGCUAGUGAAUGCCACAGAUUGUUACACGGAGAAACAACUUGCAUAGUGAAUGCCACAGAUUGUUACACUGUAGAAUUUAGGCUUCUUGUAAGCUUUCAUGUUCCUCAUAGAUAUGUUUUUUAGAUUGACUUUUAGGACAUUUUCUCUUUUUAAAGUGUUUAGUAGCAUCAAACCCUGCAGUCUGUAUUAUGGUCUCGACCGUAUCUCUAGCUCAUGCUUUUUGCCCUCUUUUAAAAUAGAGUAUUUUGAUUAAUCUUUUCAUUAGAGAUGAUGAGGACUUUUAAGAAGUCACUCUCUAGGCACUAAAAUUGGUUGCUCUUAAAAUAGAGAGAUAAGUUGUUGGUCACUUGGUCCACAACUUAAAUACUUUAGACCACAUGCCACUUGUGUACGUAUUUGUAUAUAAACUCCCGCACUUCCUUCUUUCUUCAUCGAUCCUCCAAAUAAUAAUAAGCCUAUUUUAAUUUCCUUCCAGUACUUUUUUCUUCAUCCAAUUAGCAACAAUAAUCUGUGGAAGGAAGCUCGCCAGACAAGAGAAUGGAGGUCGUCGGCGGCAAAGAGAAAGGGGCAGCGGUGGCGGCGAAGAGGCAAGGUAUAAGGUGGGCGGACUUCUCUUUGAGGCUUCUGGCCUUUGCCAACACCCUUGCGGCGGCGCUAGUUCUUGGGUUGGACAAGCAGAGUAAGGAGGUAUCCAUGCAGGUUUUCCCCACACUUCCGCCGGUGAGUAUUCCGGUCACGGCCAAGUGGAAAUACAUGUCCGCCUUCGUGUACUUCGUGGUGGUGAAUGGCAUUGCAUGUGGGUACGCGGCCGUCUCUUUGGCCAUAAUAUGGGUAGAUAAUAAUAGGGGACAAAAUAGCGGUCGCACAACCACGUCAUCGGCCGCCUUGAUGCUCCUCCUAUUUGACCUACUAAUGGUGGUGGCCCUCUUUUCCGGCGUCGGAGCCACCACCGCCGUUGGCCUUUUGGGCUUCUAUGGCAACUCCCAUUUGCGGUGGAACAAGGUGUGCAACGUCUUCGGAAUCUUUUGCGCAAAAGUCGGCAGCGCUAUAACGGUUUCGCUCCUCGGUGCCACCUUGUUUCUCUUGCUUGUUGUACUUGCUACCUUAAAGCUUCACAAUAACAACAAGCAUCCUUAGUUAGAUUUGUCCGAUGUAUUUUAAAUUUUCUAGUAUCUUUUACUCCCUCCGUCUCAAAAACUCUUUCAUGUUUAAUUUUUUGCGCAUCCCAAAAAACACUUAUAUCCCGCUAUGAAUGCCGAAAAAAUUUCAAAACAACUUCUACCUACAAUAAAGAAGAAAGGUUGUAAAUUUUAGGUAUUUUAGAUGUCGGUAGAAGUGUUUUAUGAGAUGCGCAAAAAAUGAAACAGGAAAAACUUUUUGGGACGGAAAAAGUACAUUUCUGUUUCUUUUUUUCUUUAUUUCGAGAUCGAUCUCCUUUCAUUAGUUACAAUUGAUUGGGAUGAUAUAUAUGCAUGCAUUGUGUAAUAAUGUAAUAAUCAAGUUUAAUCAUAUAUAUACACGUACGGGUUUACAUCUAUUA